GGUCACCACUGCGGUCAAUACUACAGCGCCUCUCACGACUCAUAUACCCGUCAGUGUGACUGCCGACUGGCUGAAUUAUUACUACUUAUUUAGCCGUACGCACAGGUGACAGACACCGGGGGACAGAGAUGGCUGGAGCGGCGGCACCGAAGCGGCAGGACACCCGGAAGUUUUUCGAGAAUCUGUCCGGCGCUGGUAAAUCCAUCGCAGUGCUGACCAGCGGAGGAGAUGCCCAAGGUAUGAACGCGGCCGUCCGGGCCGUCGUCCGAAUGGGCAUCUACGUCGGAGCGAAGGUCUACUUCAUCCACGAGGGGUACCAGGGGAUGGUGGAUGGUGGAGACAACAUCAAAGAGGCAACGUGGGAAAGUGUCUCCAGCAUGCUGCAAGUGGGCGGGACAGUCAUCGGCAGCGCCCGCUGUAAAGAGUUUCGUACCCACGAGGGCCGUCUGAGGGCUGCACACAACCUCGUUCAGAGGAGCAUCACCAACCUGUGUGUGAUUGGUGGAGACGGCAGCUUGACCGGAGCCAACCUGUUCAGAGAGGAGUGGAGCGGCCUGUUGGAUGAGCUUCAGCAGCAAGGUCUGAUUAAUGAGGAGGCAGCCCGCAGUAACUCGGAGCUCCACAUCGUCGGCAUGGUCGGCUCCAUCGACAACGACUUCUGCGGCACCGACAUGACCAUCGGCACCGACUCGGCGCUGCACCGCAUCAUCGAGGUGGUGGACGCCAUCAUGACCACCGCUCAGAGCCACCAGAGGACAUUUGUGCUGGAGGUCAUGGGCAGGCACUGUGGAUACCUGGCUUUGGUCAGUGCCCUGGCAUGUGGAGCUGACUGGGUGUUUAUCCCUGAAAUGCCUCCUGAAGAUGGCUGGGAGGACAGCAUGUGUCAGAAACUGUCUGAGAACCGCGCUGAUAAGAAAAGGCUGAACAUUAUUAUUGUAGCUGAAGGUGCCAUAGAUUGCCACAACAAGGCUAUAACUCCUGAUUAUAUCAAGGAUCUGGUAGUCCGCUGCCUGGGUUUUGACACCAGGGUCACCAUCUUAGGCCAUGUGCAGAGAGGUGGAACCCCCUCUGCCUUUGACAGGAUCCUGGCUAGUCGUAUGGGCGUGGAGGCGGUGCUGGCGUUAUUGGAAGCCUCUACCAACACCCCGGCUUGCGUUGUGUCACUGGUCGGCAACCAAGCUGUCCGACUACCACUUAUGGAGUGUGUUCAGAUGACCCAAGAAGUCCAGAAGGCCAUGGAUGAGAAGAAGUUUGAAGAGGCAGUGAGACUGCGUGGCAGGAGCUUUGAAAACAAUCUGAGCACCUACAGACUCCUCUCCUACCGGAAAGCAGACUCCGAACUUCCAAAUAGCUCCUUCAACGUGGCGGUGUUGAACGUCGGUGCGCCCGCAGCGGGUAUGAACGCCGCCGUGCGUUCUGCCGUCAGAGUGGGAAUCACCGAAGGCCACAAAAUGUUUGCGGUCAGCGACGGCUUCGAGGGAUUCUACAAGGGACAGAUCAAGGAGAUCAAAUGGGGAGAUGUAGGUGGUUGGACUGGCCAGGGAGGGUCCCUGCUAGGGACAAAAAGAACUCUUCCAGGAAAACAUCUGGAUAAAAUCGCUGAGCAGAUGAGGAUCCACAACAUUAACGCUCUGCUCGUCAUCGGUGGAUUCGAGGCCUACGUGGGAUUACUGGAACUUUCUACUGCUCGGGACAAAUAUAACGAGUUCUGCGUGCCCAUGGUUAUGGUCCCCGCCACCGUCUCCAACAACAUACCCGGUUCAGACCUCAGCAUUGGCUCAGACACGGCUCUGAACGCCAUUACUGAUACAUGUGACCGCAUCAAGCAGUCAGCCAGCGGCACCAAGCGGCGGGUCUUCAUCAUCGAGACCAUGGGGGGCUACUGUGGCUACCUGGCCACCGUUGGCGGUCUGGCUGCAGGCGCCGACACGGUCUACAUCUACGAGGAGCCCUUCGACAUCCGGGACCUGCAGGCCAACGUGGAGCAUCUGACGCAGAAGAUGAAGACGAGCAUCCAGAGGGGUUUAGUGCUCAGGAAUGAGAACUGCAACGAGAACUUCACCACUGACUUCAUCUACCAGCUGUACACCGAGGAGGGACGAGGAGUGUUUGACUGCAGGAAGAAUAUCCUUGGACAUAUGCAGCAGGGAGGAGCUCCAUCUCCAUUUGAUAGAAACUUUGGCACCAAAGUUGCUGCUAAAGCCAUCCAGUGGAUCACACGGACGCUCAAGGAGUCUUACAAAGGAGGGAGAGUGUUCGCUAACUCGGAGGACACCGCCUGCCUGUUGGGGAUGCGUCGCAGAGCCAUGGUCUUUCAGCCCGUGUCACAGCUGCAGAGCGAGACUGACUUUGUCCACAGGAUCCCGAAGGAGCAGUGGUGGCUGAAGCUCCGUCCGCUGAUGAAGAUCCUGGCCAAGUACAAGACGAGCUACGACGUGUCCGACUCCGGCCAGCUGGAACACGUGACCCGGUUCCGACCUAAAGAGACCAACACCAUGUCGGCCAUCUGAACCGCCGCGCUACUGCCAGAGAACACCUUCACUCCGACAAGAAAAACAGCUUCACAAAAAACAGUGACAGCUACUCACACAAUGACUGACUGAGCGCCGAUCGACACGAGACAAAUUUAAGUUAGAUUUUAAAGGAUAGAAGGAAAUUUUAAAGAAGUUAUUAUGAACGGUAGAGUCUUGGUACUCUUCAGAAGGGAUCUUCUAUAUUUUAGAUGAUGAAAUUUGAACGUAGCGGUUUGGAAUAGAGCUCUUUAUAGGAAGUAGUUUCAACUAGCUAGCAUAGCAUUUUCAAGAUCCCCAAUUAAAGUUAUUACAUACUGUAUAUGCACUCCUAAUCAUGUACUGUAUUCAAGUUUUAGUCCUGAAAUUGUAGCUAUAUCUGAAUUUUUUUUUUUUUAAGCGACCUAGCUGUGAAUUCAGUAAGGCUGAGGCGAUCCAUCAGAAGUCUAGCUUUUGUCAUUUUUCUUAUUUUCUACAGCACUUUGAGCCCCGUCGUUAACAUAAAACCCCACAAGCUGCUUAUAAAAAGAGAGAAUAUAUGUAUCGAGAGGGUCACACGCUGUCCGUCUAAAAGCCUGUUCACACCGAGGAUAAAUUAUCUACCAUCUUGAUUGUAAAAUGUGACUCCCAGAGGUUUAGUGAAGCUUUAAGAUGAGCCAGCUGUGUGUGUCCUGUCACCUGCUACUUUAAAUGUGUGUAUGAAUGUGUGUGUGUGUGUUGUGUUGUUGCCGCCUUUGCUGUUUGUAUCCACCCCUGGGCUUUGUACGUGGCAUCCUAUAGUGGUUAUUUGUGAGUAGGGUCCUGCUGGUGCUGUAGUUUGGCAGUGAAGUGGAGAAUGUCUGAAACUGUACGCAACAUUAACUUUAUGUGCUGGCAGUGUGACGUGAGUGUCCUGUCGCAGAGUAAUAAAGCAUUUAUUGUGUGAAAAAGUC